CCGCGUGGAUGCUGCGUCUGAGCUCCUCAGCGCGCAGCUCAGCGAGGGGGGGCUCUCAUCCCAUCGCAUCUAAAUCCCAAAUAUCGCCUCUUUUGAUUUACACUUUCAAGAAGAAAAACGGCGUAUGUUUCUAUCAUCAGUAAACAAACAGUCUCUGUCUUUUGGGUACAUGGUGUUCGGCGCAACCAUCCUAACGCGAUGUCUUCAUCAUCAUUCGUAUUUUCCUCUGCGGAACCUCAGCCUGACCAGGCAACGACUGCACUAUUUUAGGAUCCAAAUUGCCAUCAACAGUAAAAAACCCGACAGAAAACAUUUGGCUUAAAGGAGCACACGGCAGCAAGCAGUAGGUGCCUUCAAUCGCGAACGAUUCGUAUAUUUUCUUGAUUUCUGUGGGGCAGAAUUCGGGAAUCUCCUUUUGCCCACCAAACCGCGUCGAUGUCCUUGGAGCAUGGCCUGAAAAAACAUCCCUGAAUCAUCACACUGCAACUUCUUCUGAAAUCUGACCCCUCCACACACCACGGCUGUGUCUUCUCAACACUUCCUGAUAUUCCUUCCUUGUCUCCAUCCCGAAUGGAUUGGGAGUGCUGUGAUCCCUCGUUCUGUUGACCCUCCAGUCGAGGGGGUAGAGUGGAGCGGGCAGGUUUUAGUUUUUCCUUACAAUCAAAAAGCCUUUUCUCCUCACUGUCCCAGUUUCCUCUUUCGAUGGAGAGUUAGGCAGCCAGGUGCUACUUUGGGAGGGAGAGGAGAGGGGCCAAAAUAUUGAGCCACACCAAAAACAAAACACAUUUUGACAACAGAACAAAAAAAUCACAAUUUAACCUCCCUCCAUCGAAAGCUACUGAGACAGAGUCUCAGGUCAGUUCUAUAGAUCUGGACAGGAAGAUACUCAUAGCUUCAUAAGCUGAAGAGUUGGCAAUGUCAACAACAGCUACAAUAGGCGACAUGGCGAACAGUGCGGUGGAGUUCUAUCCAAAGCGGGGUGGAGGAAUGGAGGCCAACCACUCGGACAACUUUGGGGUAACCUUGGAGGAGUUACGUUCUCUGAUGGAGCUGAGAGGAGCGGAAGCCUUGCAGAAGAUUCAGGAAACCUACGGAGACACUGAGGGCCUCUGCCACAGACUCAAGUCUUCCACCACAGAUGGUUUGUCUGAUAACCCGGUGGACUUGGAGAAAAGAGCACAGACAUUUGGACAAAACUUCAUUCCCCCAAAGAAGCCCAAGACCUUUUUGCAGCUGGUGUGGGAGGCACUGCAGGACGUCACCCUCAUCAUCUUGGAGAUAGCAGCCAUCAUCUCUCUUGGCCUGUCCUUCUACCAGCCCCCAGGGGAGGAGAGUGACGCCUGUGGGGACGUGGCAGCUGGUGCGGAGGAUGAAGGUGAAGCUGAGGCGGGCUGGAUUGAGGGUGCCGCCAUCUUACUCUCAGUCAUCUGCGUGGUGCUGGUGACGGCCUUCAACGACUGGAGCAAGGAGAAGCAGUUCCGCGGGCUGCAGAGCCGCAUUGAGCAGGAGCAGCGCUUCGCUGUGGUGCGCAACGGGAAUGUCAUCCAGAUCCCUGUGGCUGACAUGGUGGUGGGCGACAUGGCCCAGGUCAAAUAUGGUGAUCUGCUGCCUACUGACGGCAUUCUGAUUCAGGGCAAUGAUCUGAAGAUUGAUGAGAGCUCCCUAACUGGAGAGUCAGAUCAUGUACGCAAGUCAGUGGACAAGGACCCUAUGCUUCUCUCUGGCACCCAUGUCAUGGAGGGAUCAGGGAGGAUGUUGGUGACAGCGGUUGGAGUAAACUCUCAGACUGGAAUCAUUUUCACUCUGCUAGGGGCUGGAGAGGGAGAGGAGGAAAAGAAAGAGAAGAAAGAAGACAGUAGUUACUCACUUACUACUGAAGCCAAACAGAGCAGCGUCACCAAUGGCAAGCAGCCAGAGGCCACAGUGGAGACCAAUCAAAAUAAAGCCAAGAAGCAGGAUGGAGCGGUUGCCAUGGAAAUGCAGCCGCUGAAGAGCGCGGAAGGUGGAGAAGUGGAGGAAAGGGAGAAGAAGAAAACCAAUGUGCCGAAGAAGGAGAAAUCCGUUCUACAGGGCAAACUUACCAAACUGGCUGUGCAGAUUGGUAAAGCAGGUCUGGUAAUGUCAGCUAUCACAGUGAUUAUAUUGGUGCUCUACUUCGUGAUUGAGACAUUCGUGGUAGAAGGGCGGAGCUGGCUCCCUGAGUGCACACCAAUUUAUGUACAGUACUUUGUCAAGUUCUUCAUCAUUGGAGUUACCGUGUUGGUGGUGGCUGUGCCUGAGGGUCUCCCUCUCGCUGUCACCAUCUCUCUAGCUUACUCAGUGAAGAAAAUGAUGAAGGACAAUAACCUGGUACGCCAUUUGGAUGCCUGUGAAACAAUGGGCAAUGCCACUGCCAUCUGCUCAGACAAGACUGGCACUCUGACUACCAACCGCAUGACUGUGGUGCAGGCCUAUGUGAAUGACCAGCACUUCCGUGAGAUCCCAGAACCCAAUCAGCUCAGCUCCAACACUCUGGAAAUGAUUGUCAAUGCCAUUUCGAUCAACAGCGCCUAUACCUCCAAGAUCAUUCCCCCUGAUGUGGAAGGUGGCCUGCCUAAGCAGGUGGGGAAUAAGACUGAAUGUGGCUUGCUGGGCUUUGUGCUGGACCUGAAGCAAGACUAUGCACCCGUCCGUGAACAGAUCCCAGAGGAGAAGAUCUACAAGGUCUACACCUUUAAUUCUGUCCGUAAAUCCAUGAGCACCGUGGUGAAGCUUCCAGAUGGUACCUUCCGUCUCUACAGCAAAGGAGCCUCUGAAAUUCUCCUGAAAAAGUGUUCAUCCAUUAUAGGUGCAGGGGGUGAGGUGCGGAAUUUUAGGCCAAGGGACCGAGAUGAGAUGGUGAAGAAAGUGAUCGAGCCAAUGGCAUGUGAGGGCCUGCGCACCAUCUGUAUUGCCUACCGUGACCUCCCUGGCGAGCCUGAACCUGACUGGGACAAUGAGGCUGAUAUUGUUGCUGACCUCACAUGCAUUUCUGUAGUUGGGAUUGAGGAUCCUGUGAGGCCUGAGGUCCCUGAGGCCAUCCGGAAAUGCCAGAGAGCAGGUAUCACUGUGCGCAUGGUCACUGGUGACAAUAUCAACACGGCACGUGCCAUCGCCGCCAAAUGUGGCAUCAUCCAACCUGGCGAUGACUUCUUGUGUCUGGAGGGCAAGGAAUUCAAUCGACGAAUCAGGAAUGAGAAAGGAGAGAUUGAGCAGGAGAGGAUUGAUAAGAUCUGGCCCAAACUGAGAGUCCUGGCCCGUUCCUCACCCACUGACAAACACACUCUGGUUAAAGGCAUCAUUGACAGCACUGUGUUGGAGCAGAGGCAGGUGGUGGCCGUGACUGGUGAUGGGACCAAUGAUGGACCAGCUCUUAAGAAAGCUGAUGUCGGCUUUGCCAUGGGCAUAGCUGGGACUGAUGUAGCUAAAGAGGCUUCGGAUAUCAUCCUGACUGAUGAUAAUUUCAGUAGCAUUGUGAAGGCAGUCAUGUGGGGGCGGAAUGUCUAUGACAGCAUCUCAAAAUUCCUGCAGUUUCAGCUUACUGUCAACGUGGUGGCCGUCAUAGUGGCCUUCACUGGAGCCUGUAUUACACAGGACUCUCCACUGAAAGCGGUGCAGAUGCUAUGGGUGAACUUGAUUAUGGACACAUUUGCGUCGCUUGCCCUGGCCACUGAGCCGCCCACUGAAGCCUUGCUAUUGAGAAAACCCUACGGCCGUAACAACCCCCUCAUCUCCCUCACCAUGAUGAAGAACAUCCUGGGGCAUGGCGUCUAUCAGCUUGUUAUCAUCUUCACUCUGUUGUUUGUUGGGGAAAAGAUCUUUAACAUCGACAGCGGGCGCAAUGCUCCACUGCACUCGCCUCCAUCCGAGCACUACACAAUCAUCUUCAACACCUUCGUCCUCAUGCAGCUCUUCAAUGAGAUCAAUGCUCGCAAGAUUCAUGGAGAGAGGAAUGUGUUUGAUGGCAUCUUUGGCAACCCCAUCUUUUGCAGCAUCGUGCUGGGCACCUUCGGCGUGCAGAUCAUUAUAGUGCAGUUUGGGGGAAAGCCCUUUAGCUGUGCCCCUCUCAACAUGGAGCAGUGGCUGUGGUGCCUCUUUGUUGGAGUUGGAGAGCUCCUGUGGGGUCAGGUCAUUGCCACAGUGCCCACCAGUCACCUGAAGUGUCUUAAAGAGGCCGGUACAGGGCCGGGCACAGAUGAGAUGACCGAGGAUGAGCUGGCUGAGGAUGAGGAGGAGAUUGACCAUGCUGAACGAGAGCUGCGCAGAGGCCAGAUCCUCUGGUUCAGAGGCCUCAACCGCAUCCAGACUCAGAUGGAGGUAGUGAGUACAUUCAAGAGGAGUGGUUCGUUUCAGGGUGCAGUGAGACGGCGCUCCUCUGUGCUCAGCCAGCUCCAUGACAUGCGGGUGGUGAAAGCAUUCCGUAGCUCCCUCUAUGACGGCAUCGAGAAGCCUGAGUCCAGGAACUCCAUCCACAACUUCAUGGCACAUCCCGAGUUUCUCAUCAACGACUUCAUGCACAACAUCCCGCUGAUCGACGACACAGAUAUCGACGAUGAGUCGGAGCUGUCCAAGCACAACCAUCACCACCUGCACCCGGCCUUCCGCAAGCCGCCUCCUCCUCCGGUCCAGCGAUCCCGUCCCCCACCGCGUCCUUAUCGCCAGUACAGCCUCCCAGCGACCCCCAACCGCAACAACAAUGCUAAUCGGAGCAACAUGCACCAUCUGACCCAACCCACAGAACACACCGCAUACUGGACCACCCAUUCCCGACAGAUGUGCCCCCUUCUCAGCCUGGAGACUUCACUCUAACUGCCUGCACUCCAGAGGAAGGGCAUUUGAGGGACUUUGGAUACAGAGCAGAGACAAGAUAACCAUUACUUCAUUUGCAGAUCUGUGAUAUGAUUGGGGAACUGGGGGACACAGUAUUGGUCUGCUCAACCUUCAAACAACUCAAAAACAUACUAGAUCUACCCAUUC